UCAGAGUGAGAAGAUCAAGAAUGACUACACGUGUCUCUGGUUGGCAAGAUGCUACAUCAUGAAUUGUAAGGCCAGACUAGCCUGGGAGUUGUACCUUAAGAUGGAGACGUCUGGCGAAUCGUUCAGCCUGCUGUAGCUCAUUGCCAAUGACGGCUACAAGAUGGGCCAGUUCUUCUAUACAGCCAAGACUUUCGAUGUCCUGGAAAGAUUGGACCCCAAUCCUGAAUACUGGGAAGGCAAGCGAGGGGCGUGCGUGGGCGUAUUCCAGCAGAUCAUAGCUGGCCAUGAACCAAGAGAAACACUGCGAGACAUCCUCCAAAUCUUGCGCAACACCGGUAACCCACAGGUGGAAUACAUCAUCCGUGUCAUGAAGAAGUGGGCCAAGGACAACAGGGCACCAGUUUCCUGAGGUGGUCCCUAUCCUAUAGUCUUGAGAUUGUUUAAAUUUGUACAUUCCAAAAACCCCUGCUUGCAAAGAGAUUUUCAAAAAAAUAAAAUAAUGGAACGAUACUGUUGAUUAGGGGUGAUUUAAUUAUUCUUGA